AUAAGCGCGUAUACGUAGGAUAUUUUUACACCAGAUGAUGUACACGACUGUUUUCGAGUUUAAUUCAGUGCAUUUAAAAGAUGAGGACGCUGCGCGUACACGAGAGAUGAAAACAAAUGAUUGUUAUGACUCCCGUGUCAUAACGACGAUGAUGUACCAAUUCUAAACAUGUAACGCACUCAGACGUCUCAUUGACGUCUUGACCUUAUCCAGUGACGUAUGAUCCGGUUUUGUACAUCACAUCGGUCUACAAAUAUAAUAGAAACAACAAUAUUUCGAGAACAAAACCACCCGUAUAAAUUCGCGUCCCAACCGAUUCUCUCCAGAGUGUUUUUAGCUGCAACGAGUCGACGAUUUGAAGAAAAAAAAAAGAAAGAAAGAAAGGAAGAAAGAAAGAAAGAAAAAGAACGCCCGAGUUUCCGUACUGUAGACGGUACAAUUGAAAUAUUACGCCGUGUAUGAAGAUGAUGAAAAAAUAAAGAAUCCGAAUAAUAGGAGCGAAAUACGGACAGACAUUUGAAAAGAACCGCCGGCGAGACGUAAUAGGUGUUAAAUAUAACAAGAGUGGCCGUAUAAAACUGUGGACAUAGUUGAAGAGUUUCUUAAAAUGGAGUUUCUCGACUUCGACGCUAAAACCAAAUCGCUUACGCUACGAAAGGGUCCGAUUCCUGUGCCAGCCCCCGACGAAGUCCUGGUCAAAGUUGCUUACUCUGGAAUAUGCGGGACCGAUUUACACAUCAUCGAAGGUUCCUUCCCCUGCAAACAAGACGGCUCGGUGACACUGGGUCACGAAUUUUCCGGCGUUAUAGAAGCAAUUGGUUCGGAGGUGACGUCGUUUAAGGUCGGUCAAAAGGUCGUGGUCGAUCCGAACAGCGGUUGCAACAUUUGUGAUUUUUGUCACGGAGGAAAUUAUCACUUUUGUCUUCGCGGUGGUAUUCAUAAAACGAUAGGAAUUUAUCGUAACGGUGGUUGGGCGACGCACGCGGUUGCCCCAGAAACACAGGUUUAUUUAGUACCGGAUGAAGUCGAUCUGGAUCAGGCGGCAUUGGUUGAGCCGUUAUCCUGCUUGGCUCACGGAUGGGACAUAAUAAAUCCGGUAAACGUCGGAUCCAGAAUCCUAGUAAUCGGGGCUGGUAUAAUAGGUUCCCUCUGGUCCUCCCUUCUUCACCUUCACGGACAAAGGAAAACCGUCACCGUAAGCGAACCUCAGAUCAAACGGAGAGAACUUUUUGAAAAUCUGAAUUUGGACUUCAAGGCCGUUAGCCCAGCCGAAUUGAAAGGUCGAGAAUUCGAUCUGGCGAUAGACUGCAGUGGGUCUGGUCCUGCUAUAGAAUCGGCCAUACCGUUGCUGGGAAAAGGAGGUCGUCUUUGUAUCUUUGGGGUCGCCAGUCCCCAAACGGAGGUCAAAAUCAAACCGUUUGAGGUCUAUAUGAAGGAACUGUCCAUAGUCGGUGUUAAUAUAAACCCGUUCACCUUCCCGAAGGCUCUACAUUUGGCCACAGCGAUGACUGACACGUAUCUGAAUUACAAGAGAUUAGGAAUCGGUGUCUACAGUCUGGCACAGUACAAGGAGGCGUUGGCUGCACUGAAGAAUGGUGAAAUUAGCAAAGCAGUAUUCAAAUUGUAGAUACACCGUCUGCGAUAGAAAAGGAAGUACUUCACUUUUCGCAUAGGAUCCAUAUAAUAUUUAUCCAUACAUCUUCUCAUUGGGGAUCCGAUACGGUAACAUCGGUUACUCGAUCACCCUGUCAUUUCCAAUAUGUAUUCAAUUAAUAUAAUCUUCAGCUUUAAAUUAUAUACAUAUACGCGACGAUUUUUACCGUCGAACGAAUCAAAUUACAAAUGCAUUCAACAUGUAUUUUGUAUUGAACUUAUAAUCCAAUCGUUACACAUAUUGAUUGAUUUUGACGAUGAGUAUUAGUAGUGAUUUAAGAUUUGUUACGCUCGAAUUGGUUUUGUAAAAAAUUUUUACGACAGAGUAGAGGAGAGAGUAAGAAAAAAGUAAGAAAAACAAGAAACUGGAAAAAAUCAACCUCGGCGCAGCAAAAGUAAAGAAAUAUAUUUAGGUGAAUAAAUUCUUCGAUAAUCGCCUAUCGUUAGGUAGUAGGUACAAUGAAAAUUGUAAACAAAUAAUUAAACAAAAAAAAGAAAAAACACUAAAUAUCACUAGAUAUUCAAAUGUGUAGGUAUAAAAGAAUUAUAAAUAAGUGCUCACAUGAAUAAAUUUACCUGCUGGUAUUCGUAUGGAA